AAGCCUCUUGGGUCUAGGGCGCAUGGAGGGACCAAGCUGCUUCAAAGUGGCAGUGGCAGUGCUCAGCCUUUCCACCAAUGUAGUGGCUACUGCACAGACAGAUGGUGCUGCCCAGCAGUUGCCGGAACGAAUGCGUCAAGAUUUCCACAACCUUUUCGUUAUGCUUCUGCUUGCCCUGUUGGCAGCGUGGGUGGCCAAAGUUGUCUACCAGAUAUUCCGCGCAGCCGAAGUCCACUUUCGUUUGACCCGAAGUCGGUCCUUGCAGCUGGAAGCAAUGAGCAUUUACGCACAGGAUUUCCUGAUCCUCAUCCGUCAACACUUCAAUCAGAUCCUUCGUAUCCGAAGAACAGUCCCACCCAAAUUGGUCUCCAGACAAGAAGUCUUCGCUCAUGUGCACCCUGAGUCUAUCAGAUGCUUGUGGGUUGGCGAGGAGGAUUCAGGGGGUGGACCUAUGGGCUUCGGUGUGGAGUUUGACAUCGAUGCAUCAGUGCCUUGCUAUGUCCAGUUGUAUUGGGGAGUGAAUGCCCAAGCUUGCAACGACCUCAUGCAGAGAAGUCAUGCCACAGAGCCCGCAAACAGACGCUCUGGAGGCACUGGGUCCAUCACUGGAUCAUUGCGAAAUUUGCGAGGGAGAUGGGCGAAUGGCCGUGCGUACGCGAAUCCUGAAACGACUAGAUCACUCCUGGAAAUGGAGGAUUUGACAACGUCAGCGACUUCAUGCCAAGCGGCAGAGAGUGCAAGUUGGUCAGCCCCUACUGGUGCCGAAGCGUCAGAGGAUCGUAUCUUUCCUUCUUCUCAGUUCCUGGUCCAAUCUCGUGAUUUCUUCUUGCCGUCUGGCUGCGGACAACGCUACGUGACGCCAGCAGGCGAUUUGAUACACCCCAGUAUGCUGUCAGAUUUUGAUAUGGGGGCAUCACGGCUUAGAAAUGGUCAACCAGACCAAAAUGCCACAAUUCCUUUGGCAAUUGUGGUCCUGGCCUCUGGCCGGCCACAAGGACAGGUGCAGCCGGUGCAGGUGCAAGGACGUCAGGUCCUUGACACCAAAGGUGAGAUCUCCGCGGUGCGCUUUCACAAAAGCUCCACACAACGUCAGUCCAAUGCCCCGUUCAAUACUGCAGAGAUUUUCCGACAACUUUGCUUCAGUGACUCGCCAAGCUUAGUGGUCGAUGUCCAGGGAAUAUAUGGGUUCGAGGAUGAAGGUGAGAGCGACUGCAUGAUAUGUUACGCUCGUCCAAAGAAUGUUCUUUUGUUACCAUGUCGCCAUUGCUCUGUCUGUCACUCGUGCUUGCGUUCUUUGAGGGAUGAGAAGUGCCCACUCUGCCGUAGCUCAUUUUGUAGCUACUUGACUUGUGCAGUCCCUCGGAGAAGCGAGGGACGGGAGAGGUCAGAGGCUGAAGAUUUGCCCCUCACUGAUGCAAAUAUGGGACCGUAGUCGUUCCAUAAUCUGUGACACUGGCUGAAAAUAUGCCAGUGCCAGGGACAAUGAGCAAGGCGAACUUAAACUGAAAAUAA